GGAAAUGUUUACUUUUCACUCUGCACUGGGGGACAACAAACUCUCUUCAACUAUCAAGUGACUCGCCAAUAUUUAAGUCAUCUUUUUGUUCCGCGCUGUUAAGGACCCAUCUACUGGAAGCGUCUUUUGAAUCAUGUCCUCCAACGCAGAAGAAGAAGGUUCACGGUAACCAGGCAACCAAAGAGAAGCUGUUUACCGUCCUUACGCGAACUGACGUCUGGAAAGCAACUAAUCCUAAAAACGAAUUGACUUGUUUCUGACAUCUUUUGGCAUCAGCACCAUGUCCUCUGCUAAUUACAACAUCUCCAAGCCAAAGUCCAUGAGCAGAGCCAAAGGAUGGACUGCAGAGGUGGAAAACCUGUUCAGAUUCCAGCAGGCGGGCUACAGAGAUGAACUGGAGUACAUACAAGUCAAACAAGGGGCCUUGGUUGAAAAAUGGCCACAGACGGGCUAUGUGAAGAAGCUCCAACGUCGAGACAACACAUUUUAUUAUUACAGCAGGAAAAGGGAAUGUGCGGAGCAUGAAGUCAACAAAGUCAAAGUUUACGCAUACUGAUGAUGUAAGCACAGUCUGUCAGCACUCACUGUGGCUGCAAAUUGACGACGAUGAAGAUUGCCAUUUUUAUUAUUAUAUUAGGCUACAUGUUAAUUACUUAAGGACCAGAUGUGUUUUUUGUCUUGAGAGUUCACAUUGCAAUAGAAACAGGAAGUCAUAGUCUACUGGAUCUUAAUGUGCAGUCCUGAAUGUAAUCUUUGAAACACUUUUAAUACAAUAAAAAGCUCAAACUGAA